UCCCAAGUUUUAAAUUUUCAAAAGUCGACGUUCGAAGCAAGAUGAUGGAAAGUCAAAAAGGAUACAUGUACGAAGGAGAAUCAGUGGUACAACUCGCCAAACGAAUGAUUGAGCAUCUUCUGAAAUGGGGCGUCACUGAUGCAUUCACUGACAAACAGAUUUACACUAUUUUGGAAAAGGCUGAGUCGACGUUGAAACCACUUCCAGCAAUGCUCCAAGUUGAGCAUCCAAUCACAAUUGUCGGAGAUAUUCACGGACAACUGGAUGCUCUCAUUCGUUAUUUUGAUGCCGUUGGAUAUCCUCCAAAAGUUCAAUUUCUAUUUCUCGGGGACUAUGUGGAUCGUGGAGCCAAAUCAUUCGAAGUGUCGCUUCUUCUUUUCUGCUACAAAAUUCGAUAUCCUCAUUUGGUGCAUUUGCUACGUGGCAAUCAUGAAUGUAUGAAAAUGAACCGGUUGUAUGGUUUCUAUGAGGAAUUGACAAGAAAGAGAGGAGGAAGGAUGUGGAGACAAUAUCAGAAUGUUUUCAACGAGCUUCCACUCUGUGCUCGAGUUGGUCAACGGAUCCUUUGCAUGCACGGAGGAAUCUCCCAAAACUGUAACUCGUGGGAAUCAUUCAAAGCUCUGAAGAAACCGAAUACUCCAUUAACCUGUGACGAAGGUCUUCAAGUUGAUUUGAUGUGGGCUGAUCCAACUCAGGAUAAGUGCAACACGUUUGCAAUGAACAAACAGCGUGCAAUUUCUGUAGUUUUCGGCCAAAAAGGAUUGGAUGAUUUCUUGAAGAAGCUUGGCCUCUCGUUGAUUGUCCGAGCUCACGAAGUGUCUCAGGAAGGAUUCAACUUCUUGUUCAACAAAAAGUGUGUCACAGUGUUCUCUGCGCCAUAUUAUUGUGGGAAUGAUACCAAUUGUGGAGCAAUUAUGCACGUCUCGGAUUCUUACGAGCUAUCCUUCACAGUUCUCCGUCCACGAAUGAUUGCAACACCAGAGAAUUUUGAAAUUGUAAAGCUCAUGGAGAACAACUACAAAGGGCUGAUGGUCGCGAGUCCAGAUCCAAACCGUGGUCGUCAUUUGCAAUCUGCUGAUGUUCCCCAGCCAACACCACCGUCUGUGCAGCUCGUUCCGCCUGUCACAAAGCCAGUUGAAAUUAAAAAGCAGUGAUCUUUGAGAUAUGAAAUAAAAUUUAUGGUUUAUGAUU